UUUAAAGUUGAGGUGGGCCUGGGUCAAUAUCUAUGAUUCAUGUGAUGUCGUUGACAGAAAGGGAAAGCAUGCAUGCAGACAUGCAUAUAGCUGAGUGAAAACAAAUCAUCAGCGAAGGUAGUUGUUGCUAGCUAGUAGGUUAGUUAGACGAUAGCAAGUGAAAAGGAGCUCACUCACAUUCACUUCUUGUCCUAUAUAUAACCGGCCGGCACACGCUUCAUGGUACCACCACUGCAACCACAACUACUACUCCGUCCACUGCAGGCAGCCACAGCAAGGCACCGGCCGCCGGAGAGAAGAGAAGCUCGCGGUAGUGGACGACGACGAUGGGGAGGCCGCCGUGCUGCGACAAGGUGGGCAUCAAGAAGGGGCCAUGGACGCCGGAGGAGGACAUCAUCCUGGUCUCCUACAUCCAGGAGCACGGCCCCGGCAACUGGCGCUCCGUGCCCAUCAACACCGGCCUCAUGCGCUGCAGCAAGAGCUGCCGCCUCCGUUGGACCAACUACCUCCGCCCCGGCAUCCGCCGCGGCAACUUCACCCCCCACGAGGAAGGCAUCAUCGUCCACCUCCAGUCCCUGCUAGGAAACAGAUGGGCAGCCAUAGCUUCUUACCUUCCGCAGAGAACCGACAAUGACAUCAAGAACUACUGGAACACCCACCUCAAGAAGAAGCUCAAGAAGCACCAAGCCAUCGGCGCCAUCUUUGCGCCACCUCCACCCUCCGAACCUUCCAUCAUACCAACCACCGCCGGCGCCGGCCAUGUCGAUCUCCAUCAUGACAUGAUCGUUAAUCCCCUCCCCAAGGACAACUCGCUACGCCCGGCCGCCUGCAGCAACACAGCUGAGGUCUCCCAGCUCAUCGCCCGGCGCUCGCCGUUCGCCGCCACCGACGGUGACAGCUCCUCCUCAUCGUACGCCUCCAGCAUGGACAACAUAUCCAGGCUGCUCAACGGCUUCAUGAAGAGCUCCCCGCCGCAGAACGACGCUGCCGACAUCAAGCCCUCGGCCACCGACGUCAACCCUUUGCUGUCGUUCAACCAGUACCACAUGGCCGGCGGUACCACGCUACCAGCCUUCAAGGACAUGCUGCCGUCGCCACCGCCGCAGCAUGAGCCGGCGUUGAUGGAACACCGCGGCUACGACGAGCAGCAACACGAGGGGGCACUGUCUCCGAUCGAGAAGUGGCUGUUCGAAGAGGCUGCCGAGCAGGUAGUCGACCUGAUGGAUCUGUCCGACGGCUGCUGCUCAGUUCCAAUGAUGUUCUAGAUCAAAAAAAGAAGAUAUCAAUAUCAUACACGUCAGUUAGAUAGGUUAAUUUGUUGCUGCAAGUUACUUUAGUUUUAGGAGAAAACUACAUAUAUAUGUUGAUGCAUGAGAGAGACAAAACAAGAUACGUACAUACUGGUCAAACUCCCUUGUAAACGCCACGCGGCCAUCGUCCUGCCCAUCUAGGUAUACAAUUGUACGUUACUUGUGGUAGAAUUCAGAUUUGACACUGCAAAAGUCAGAAGAAUAAGAGAUAGCAACAGGAAUAAGUGUGACCAAAUGACAUGCAAGCAUGCCAGCAUGAUGUAAUUACGUGAUUUUCUAUUUUAUAUUUGUUAUACAUUCAUAUCUCGGUGCAUCUAGUUCAGUCUAUGGAGCAUUUGACUUGUAUUUCCAUUAAUAGAGAAGCAGAAUUAUUUCCUUG